CGUGUUUGGAUCUCACUCUUUCUUCUAACUACCAUCAGAUGCCAUUUGGGUCUAAUUCAUUGCCCUUCUUUUUCAUUCUCCCCUUUUUUUCUCUCUUCUUUUCUGUACAGCCGACAUUUUUCCCAAACAGAGCAACUCAUCCAUGGCGGACACCAAGGUUGUGGUCAUGAUGCUUAAAGUGGACUUACAGUGUCAUCGUUGCUACAAGAAAGUCAAGAAAGUUCUCUGCAAAUUCCCUCAAAUUCGAGACCAGAUUUAUGAUGAAAAACAAAACGUUGUGAUUAUCAAAGUGGUUUGUUGUAAUCCUGAGAAGCUUAGAGAUAAAAUUUGUUGUAAAGGGUGUGGAGUUAUUAAAAGCAUUGAAAUCAAAGAGCCUGAAACUCCCAAGCCUCCUCCGUCAAAGCCCGCCGAUCCUCCGCCGCCCAAAAAGCCCGAUCCGCCGCCGCCCAAAAAAGCCGAUCCUCCACCUCCUAAAAAAGCCGAUCCCCCACCACCUCAAAAGGUCGAUCCUCCGCCUCCCAAAAAAGCCGAUCCUCCANCCCCCCAAAAAGGCUGACCCACCGCCACCCAAGGCCGAUCCUCCUCCUCCCAAAAAAGCCGACCCUCCUCCUCCUCAAAAGGCCGCCGACCCUCCGCCGCCGAAAAAGGCCGCCGACCCUCCACCCCCAAAGGCAGACCCUCCGCCUCCAAAGAAAGUCGAUCCUCCGCCGGUAGUGGUACCGGCGCCGGUUCAACCGGAGCCGUAUCCGGUAAACAUGUGCGUGCCGGUUCCGGGUUACCCGCCGGGUUACCCGAUUGGGGUGUGCUGUAGGCAGUGCUAUGAAGGGCGGGGUGGGGGCCCAUGUUACAGUGGGUUUGGUGGGCCCGGCCCAUGUUGCGAUGGGUGUGCUUCUGGAAGGCCCAUUUAUGAUAGUUACGGUGGAGGGAGGCCUUGUUACGUUACCCACUGUGAAUAUCUUAAUGAAGAAAAUGCAUCUGGGUGUAUUGUUAUGUGAGAACACGUGGCCCUUUCUGAUUGGUGGUCAUUAAUGCUCAUGGGUCAUGAUAAUAAGGAAAGGUGAAGACAGUUCUUAUGUUAAUAAUGUUCCUUAUUAGUUUGUAUAAUAAUCUAAGUUCUUGCAUGAUGUCAAAAUAUAAAUGUUGGACGUGUAAUCCCAUUUAAUUUUAUUUGCAAUAAAUCAUUUAAACCUCAUUUAGGUCCA